CACACGCACGCGCGCGCGCACGAGCAACAGUCGCGCGGUGGAGGAUGCGCACAACAUGAGCAACAGCCAAUACAGCUCAUGCACAGAAGAACACGGUGCAUUCUGACCCUCUUCUGCUCAUUUCGUGUCGGGAAUCUGAUCUACAAACACUUUCUUUGCUCAGCCUCUCGCUUGAGGCCGGUUAGAUGUUUUUUGCGACCUUUUUUUUCUUUCUGGAUCAAACCUCCGGUUCAUCGUCACGGUUCGGCGGAGACGCUUCACAUCACAGACUCAGACUCUGUCUGACAGCGGACCAGAAAACUGGACUGCAGGAUUACAAGAUCCUCUGAGCGUCAAAACGAGAUCUAACAUCUCAGAUCAUCUGUUCUGGAUUACUUACUUUGGAGAGCAUGAUUACUUCCAGAGCUGGAAUACUAGAGACUAAUCUAGUUUAUGCGUGCAAACUCGAUUACAUGGGCGAAUCCCUCAUGUGAACGGAGCCUAACUGGUUUUUCCGCAGGACGUGCGUUGACUCCCACAGCGGCUCGUGUUGUUUGUGGUCGUUCUUUCAGCAGAAACGAAGAAUUGGGAAUGUUCACGGUCUAAGAACAUUCUUUUGGAGCACAUAUUGUCCGGAACGCCGCUCUUCCCAUGGCUCGACCCGGCUCCGGGGUUCUGGCGUCGCUGGGAGGAGGAGGAGGAUACUCGUCUCAGAGCAUGGCGCGGGUGGUGGUUUGGGAAUGGAUGAACGAACACGGCCGAUGGAGGCCGUACAGUGCCACCGUUUGUCAUCACAUCGAAAACGUCCUGAAGGGAGACGCUCGCGGGACCGUCAUACUGGGACAGGUGGAUCCGCAGCUCGCGCCGUACGUCAUUGACCUGCAGUCCAUGCAUCAGUUCAGACAAGACACAGGCACGAUGCGUCCCGUCCAGCGCAAUUUCUACGACCCGUCCUCGUCUCCGGGAAAGGGCAUCGUGUGGGAAUGGGAGAACGACUGUGGAUCCUGGACUCCUUACGACAUGGAGUUGUGCGUGAGCAUCCAGAACGCGUACGAGAAGCAGCACCCCUGGCUGGACCUGAGCUCGCUGGGCUUCUGCUACCUGGUGGACUUCGACGGGAUGUCCCAAACCAACCGGCAGAGUCAGAGAAAGCGGCGCAUUCGUCGGCGGAUGGACCUCGCGUAUCCGCUAAUCGCCGGAUCAAUCCCCAAAUCCCAGUCCUGGCCCGUGGGCACCAACUCGGGAACCCCGUGCACAUGCCAGCAGUGCAUGCUGGUCCACAGCACACGGGCCGCGUCAAACGCCAUCUUGGCUCUGCAGCAGAGGCGACGACUCUACGGGACGGACCCGACGAGUGCUGUCGUCAGGCAGAGCAACACCUUCGCCGGCUCCUCCCUCUGGUCGCCCACGACGACUGUUGCUAGGGGACACCAUAACAACAUAAAGGUCGGUGGAGGUGGAGGCGGGAAGAUGGAGAUGAACGGCGGGAGUUUCUCGUGUGUCCCUGCGCUCGUGACGCUUCCCACCAAUCACACGCUUACGAUUAACGGACAGAAUAAUCUCAACCGGCCGGGAACGCAGCGGAUCACCGUGACGACGAGCAGAGGAGCCAUUCCGCCAGGUGUUCCUGCACUCCCUGUGAAGAAUCUGACUGGACCCGGACCCGUCCACCCGGCCCUAGCAGGAAUGACGGGGAUCCUGCUGUGUGCGGCCGGGUUCCCGGUGUGUUUGACCCGCGCGCCUAAACCCGUCCUGCACCCGCCGGCGCUCAACAAGAGCGACAUCAAACCAGUGCCGGGAAUCAACAGCAUCCGCCGCAAGACCAAGAAGAAACACCUGCGCAAAG